AUGCGCCCGGCGCUUCUGCGACUGUUGAAGAGGCCGUCCGCCGUCUCGAUCCUUGACACACUCACAGCAACACCGAUCGGAAUUGAGCAAUUGGAGACCAGGUACAAGUGUCUACGAUGUCAUUCGCGAAGCGCCAAACAAGAACCACUCGAGGAACCCCACAAUAGCCCGACCCGGAACCAGCUUGAGGAUUCAUGCCGAGGGAAACGGCCAUUCAGCUUUCCCAUCUACGACAUUGAGACCUCGAACGAACUGAAUACCCUUGAGCCCACACCUCUUGUGCAGAGCCAAACGCAUAAUAACACAACACAAUGCCCUAUCAAACUUCUGUCUCUCCGACCGGACAAGCUCGAAUUCGAAUCGGACGUCGGACACCUCAACAACAUUGGAACACGAUUAGUGGAUAAUCCAGAGCAUCGAAAUAAUUUCGAUCUGUGGGAGGAGCUUCUUCGAUACCGCCAGCGUCAUUACGGCGACAAUGGCACGCUUGACAUAUGGGAAGGGUUGAGGGUCCGAGUGGAUGGUGUACGGCUCCCAGUUGUAGGAGAGCAAGCGGACUUCUUUUGGCAGAGCUUUGUGGACAUGGGGUUGAGGCGAGAGCUUUUUCUUAAGGAAGUUCUAGACUAUGCUGUCAUUUUACGGGAGCAACAAGGCAACGGAUGGCCACAGCUGUAUGAGCGCGUGGUGAGUGGACUUCUUGGCCAAGGCUUGACGAAACGUGCGGUCGAAUGGCACAAGAAGCUUCAAAAUUCUCAUUUAGCCAGCGCAGCUGAUGUGCUGAAAAUCCUUCCAUCGGCGAUCCGUUCUUCGUCUCUUCCGGCUGGCACGGAAGUUGCGACUUUGGCUGAUCUCGAGCGGCCGUCCUUGUCGCCGGGGUUGCAGGCUUUCCAAACCAUAUGCUCCACAACCCCCGACCAUAAUUUUUAUGGCCCUGUCAUUGCGAUGCUCAUGCAGCAAGGCCACGGAGAGGCGGCGAUCUCGAUGCAUCAUUUCCUCGCUCGACGUCAGGAUCACCCACAGAGCCCUGACGAGAUACAGCCAUUGCUAGAAUAUGUUGAGAAAUUCGGGCUACGGAAAGAGUUCAAUCGACUCCGUGGCUAUGUUAAAAAGCGAUUUGAUACCGAAGCUUCGAUUGACCAACCUGGCCCAAAAGACACAACUCCAAAAUCCGUGGGGAGGGGGUCGCACGACGAAAAACCUUUCAAAGAUGACAUUGGUGCCAAGCUGUUUGCCACUCGUGCUCUCAAUUUUGAUAUGAUCGUUGGUGGCCUGAAGAUGCUCGGUGUAUCGGAGAUCGGCCACCGGACGUUGCGCGAACUAGCCACAAGAGCUCAUGGCAACCAAGAUCUUUUGGACAAGCUUAAAAUACUUAAGCAGUCCGGCAUUUCUAUAGGAAGCACUGUCUUCUCGCGUUUAGUUCAAAAACUUGCAACCCAGAACCGCGACAUCCUUCUCUCGGACAUCCUCCGCAGCGAUCAGCAUCCUGACACUCUCGAAGACAAGCGGAUGCAGGAGUCAAUGUUGGUAUCUUACUACAUGGCCCGGGAUUGGCGAUUAUACAAUAUGACUCUAGCGGUGUUGACAGAAUUAUACCCGGGAGCACCAGACCUCUACGACAUUCACUUUCGAAAGCAUAUCGCGGCCUGGGAACUGAGCGCGGCGUCCAAGGUUGCCGACGAGCUAGCUCUUCGUGGCCGGACAUUGGGCGAAGACAGCGUGGAUUUUAUGGCCGAGCAGAUUCUCACCCCUCGGCGAAUGAACCAUCGCCCGCCGCCGGGCCAACGUUUGUCUGCCGUUGAGGAAGUGAUGUUCAUCUUCAAGAUUCUAAAGCGUGUGGUUCCCGCGGGAGGUUAUGUUAGUGCUGCAUUCUGGAUUGAGAUGCUCAAGCGUCUGGGUAUGGCAGAAGCAUGGGCGGAUUGGGAUAAACUCCGAGAUUGCUGUUUGUGGCUCGUCCGCCAAUACGCUGAAAGCCCUGGGCAGAAGCCUUGGGCAGGUCUUCCAUCCCCAAUAUCUUCUCUCGAUCCCACCAAGCAGGCUAACGGUCGCGAUCGGCGGAUGCUCGAUCUGGUGUUCAACCCACAAAUGCAAGCCGCCAUCGUCUCCUGGGGCUUCAUGUUCCGAGUAUUGGACACCACCGCAUCGAAAUUUGCCAUCGCCCCGCUUAACUCCCAAGUGGACGAAAAACUCAUUCCAUGGGUACGAGGGCUGAUUCUACUUCGAGAGCUGGAACAAUCCGGUCUUCGUCUUGACAAGCGAUUGAUCUCACAGGCAGUUCGCCACCGGCUGGCCAUGCUGUACAGCCACCAUGUUCUGUCGGCUCGGCGCAUGAAUCGCAUGCUACGGCGGCGGAACCCGUACUCUUUACAGCAAGUGUUGAACGAUGUGUUCCAGGCCUGGGGCGAUCGAUCUCUCUUUGAUGGGAUGGAACAGAACCUAGAGCAGCUGGUGAAUCCGCCACGAGCGAGCAGAACGAAGCGACGCGCCCCAGUUAUGCGAGUAUUCAACUUCCUGGCAUUGUUGCCUGUGGUCCUUGCGAACCCUUUGAUCCAAACGAAGCGUACGACAGCAUGCAACAACUCUCCUGAUCUUUGCUCCAAGACCUAUGGAGCAAUUACACAUCUGGGCGCCCACGACAGUCCAUUUGUGCGCGACAGUGAUACCGGCAACUCGCUAGCUGCCAACCAGUACUACGACACUCCAACGCAACUAUCAGCCGGUGUCCGAUUAGUAACAGCCCAAGUCCACAAGAGCAACUCACAAUGGCGUCUAUGCCAUACCAGUUGCGACCUGCUCGAUGCGGGAUUGCUGAGCACUUGGCUGACGGAUAUCAAGACGUGGUUGGAUGACAAUCCAAACGAGGUGAUCACAAUCCUCCUAGUCAACUCCGAUGACGCCACAGCCUCGGAGCUCAACACCGAAUUCACAACAGCCAACAUCACUGACUACGCCUACGAGCCCACCUCCCAAGGCACCGCGCCAACAACCUGGCCAACCCUCCAAACCAUGAUCGACGACGGCAAGCGACUGGUCGUUUUCGUGGCCUCCCUCGACACCAGCACUAGCUACCCCUACCUCAUGUCCGAAUGGAGCUAUGUCUGGGAGAAUCCAUACGAUGUAACCUCCGCCUCGAACUUCACAUGCGAGGUAGACCGACCGUCAACAUACAAAGACAACAGCGCAUCCGCACUAUCGGCCAAUCUCCUCCCACUGAUGAACCACUUCCUGUACUCGAACACCCUCGCGAUCCUGGACGUCGAGUACCCGAACUCCAGCUACGUGGGGACGACAAAUGCCGCGUCCGGCGGGACGGGUAACCUAGGUACUGCGGCGACGACCUGCAAGAAGGCGUGGAAUGGGCGACAGCCGACUUUUAUCCUGGUGGACUUCUUCAAUCGCGGUCCGGCGAUUGAUACCGUCGAUAACUUGAAUAACGUUACCAAUGCGGUUGGUCGCAAGUCUGUGUCGACUUCGGCGGAUUCGACUAGUGAUGCCUCGUCGACGAGUAAUGUGUUCAAGGCGCUGGUUGAACUGGCGGCAUCGGCUAGGUCAGGCACGUCGGUGUCUAUGGGGAAUUGGAUUUGGACUGGCGGGAACUGGGGGAAUCUUCUCGGCGGAGGGAUUUCCUUCUGA